AUAUGUUGCACACAAUGAAUGAAACCUUUUGGAUUGGUGUACACGCGGGUCCUUCCACCAUCUCUUCUCUUUUGGCUGCUUAGACCCGCUUCCUCACAGACAUGAAGAAGCUCUCACAAUACUGCCUGCUGGUCAUCACCAUCCUGGUGCUGGUUCUGAAACUGAUCACCGGUCAGCUGUGCAGGUCCUUCAUCUUGCUGGUGGAUGGCUUCCACACGCUCUUUGUCCUCGGUCACAUGGCUCUUCCUCAGCCUCAAAAUGCAGCGAGUCCUUCUGCUUCAAGGCUGUCCUCAGAGACGACCGACCUCGCCGGGGUUCCGCCGUACGCCGCGUCCUACCCUGACGGCAGGAGGCGGCCGGUGGGGGUCUUUGUCUCCGCCCUGCUCCUCGUUUCCUUGUGCGUGUCCUGCUUGUUGGAAAUUGUCAGCCACCAAUCUGUGGGGAUGCACCCUGUGGAGCAGCCCUGGCUGCUGGCGGCGGCCGGCGUGGUCGGUUUGCUGCACAACGUUGUGGUGCUGGUGAUGACCUGGAGGCGGCGGGGGGCCGGGGCUCAGGCUGGAAGAGAACACGAGUGUUACAUUGAAGUCAACCACAUAGCCAUGUCUCAGGAGGGCUCCGAGCGAGGCCCGUGUGAAGCCAGUGGAGAUCAGAGCGGGACCACUGCACGCUCGCUUCACAACCGGGGUCUUGUCCCGUGCAACCCAGUGACCUCGGCGGGAGGAGGCGUGGCUGCUGAGAAGACGACAGAGGAGCCAAAGUUGGGCAAAGAAGUCACUCGGGACGUUAGGCAGCGGCUGACUCUGUGUCCUGCUUCUGUGGUGAUGGUAGUGCAGGGUCUGUCCACAUCAGUGCUAGUCCUGGUUAAUAGUUUAGUGAUGCUGCUGGCAGGCCCUGACUUCCGGCAUUCUCCGGGGGCCUGCAGCCUCUUGGUGUACCUGGAUCCCGGCCUGGCCGUUUUGGCUGCCAUCAUCCUGGUGGGCGGUGCUGUGCCGCAGAUGCACAGGUACGGGCGGCUGCUGAUGCAGGCCGCGCCUCCGCACGUGAGUCUAUCGGACGUGAGGAAGCGGAUCGGGAUCGUGCCGGGGGUGGAGGAGUUGCAUGAGCUUCACAUCUGGGAGUUAUCCGAUUCGUGUUUGGUGGCCUCAGUCCACGUGCUCUGUCACGCUGACUUUCCUGUACACAGGUGUGCUGAUCUCAUGUCAGGGGUCACCAAGGUCCUGCAGGGUGUCGGGGUGAGCUGCUGCACAGUGCAACCUGAGUUUGCUCCCUCUUCUGCCCUCCCCAAGGAUCCAACUUGCCCAGGUCCGGGGCCAGCCUGCAGAUUGGCUUGUGAUAAGAUCUGCGACGCCCACAUGUGCUGCCCUCUCCCACCUCAGCCUGUAAUGGAAAAAGUAUUCAAACAAGAGAGCCAGAAGGUGUGUUUGUAACAAGACAUUCAUGAAAGAAAACUCUCUGGAAGGUAUUAAGUACAAACCAUCUCUGAGGCUCAAGAUAAUCUUGAAUCUUGAAUAACAUCAUCAACAUCAAGAUAGCAAGGUGGGUUGCCUGAUUGGUCUUUUGAGUGUGAUUUAUGUUUGAAAGACAAAGUAGGCUAUAGCAAAGAGACUGUGAAGGAAUCAGAAACCUCAGAGACACAAGCAAAAUUAUUGGGUGAAUGUACUCAUUUUCUUCUUUUAUUUUUUAGUGUUUUUAUUUUAAACACGUUUUAAUGUCUUACUUCUAUUAUAA